CUGUUGACAGGCAGAUACCGCGACACCCAGACUUCAAUAACCGACAGCUCCGCAGUUUACAGAGUCAGCAAUGACAAGAACGCUAAUGUGACCUUAAUCGACCUUCCAGGCCAUGAGAGUUUGCGGCUUCAGUUCCUGGAGAGGUUCAAGGCCGCAGCCAGAGCCAUCGUGUUUGUGGUGGACAGUGUGGCCUUCCAGCGGGAGGUGAAGGAUGUGGCAGAGUUCCUGUACCAGGUCCUGGUCGAUAGCACUGUGCUCAAAAAUGCACCUGCGCUGCUGAUUGCUUGCAAUAAGCAAGAUGUCACAAUGGCAAAAUCAGCAAAACUUAUUCAACAGCAACUGGAGAAAGAGCUCAAUACCUUACGAGUGACCCGCUCUGCAGCCCCCACCAGUCUGGAUGGCUCAGCCACUGGAGGCCCUGCCCAGCUGGGGAAGAAGGGCAAGGACUUCGACUUCUCCCAGCUACCCAUGAAGGUGGAAUUUGUGGAGUGCAGUGCUCGGGGCAGCAAGGGAGAGGAGGGAGAUGCUGACUUUGAGGGCCUCGAGAAAUGGCUGGCCAGGGUUGCCUGA